AUGGUGAUCCUGAAAGAGAGCGGCGGGAAGAAGACGACGCAGGGGCGGAAGAAGAUCGAGAUCAAGAAGAUUGAGAACUUGAGCAACCGGCAAGUGACGUUCUCGAAGCGGCGGUUGGGGCUGUUCAAGAAGGCGAGCGAGCUGUGCGUGCUGUGCGGCGCGGAGAUCGCCAUCGUCGUCCACUCCCUCGGCAAGCGCGUCUUCUCGUUCGGCCACCCCUCCCCCGAGGCCGUCAUCGACCGCUACCUCGGUGGCGAGAGGGAGGUCGGCGCCGCCCCCGCGGUCAACACCAGGGAAUUCAACCGCCACUACUCUGACGUGUCGAAUCAGUUGGAGCUGGAGAAGCAGCGGAGGGACUUGAUUGAGGAGGCCAAGAGGGCGGAGGGCUACGGCGGCGGCGGAGGAGAUGUGUUCUGGUGGCAUCAGGGCGUGGAGGAGAUGGAAUUGAAUGAAUUGGAGCAGUACGCGGAGGCGCUCGAUGAGCUCUUGAAGAAUGUCGAACUGAGGACUAAGGAUCUCAUGAUUUCGCACUUGCUUCCGCCGUCGGUCGCAUCCGCCUCCGCCUCCCUGACCAUGCACAACCCUACUGCGACGGCGUUCGACGAUGCGGCAGCGGCGGGGCUGUAUGUGGCUCAGAAUCAGAUGGGGAAUAAUUUCGAUUACGAGAAUUUCAUUGCUCCUAAUCAAGGGCUGGACAUGGUCACUUCUCCUGCAUGGCUCAAUUACUAG